AUGACAACUCCAUCCACAAUCGAUCCCAAGUUCUUACCCUCAAAGGACCAACUUGGUGUUGUAGGUGUUGGCUUCUCUGGAGGACAGACCAAACCAGGUGUCGAUGCGGCCCCCGCAGCACUGAUUGAGGCAGGACUUCUAGAUUCACUUUCUAAUGAGCUCGGAUACACCAUCCAUCAUGACGGAAAGGUUCACAACUACACUGAAUACAUCCCACCUUCAGAUCCGCCUCUUCAAACAGGUGGCGCACGUGCACCAAUGCUAAAGGCUCUCACUGUAUCAAACGUCACUAAGGCCAUUGCAGACCAAGUAUAUGAACAUGCUUCACAGGGGCGCCUAGUCCUUACACUCGGUGGUGACCAUUCUAUUGCAAUCGGUACCAUCGCCGGCACAGCGAAGGCUGUUCGAGAGCGUCUUGGCCGUGAGAUGGCCGUGAUAUGGAUCGAUGCGCACGCUGAUAUCAAUACACCGGAAUCAUCAGGAUCCGGUAACAUUCACGGUAUGCCGGUAUCCUACCUGACCGGUCUUUCGAAAGCACCCAAAGAAAACCCCGAGGUGUUUGGGUGGAUGAAAGAUGAAAACAGGAUCAAUGUAUCAAAGCUUGUAUAUAUUGGCCUGCGUGACGUCGAUAUUCCAGAAAAGAAAAUCCUCAGGGAGAACGGAAUAAAGGCAUUCAGUAUGCAUGAUGUUGAUAAGUAUGGCAUUGGUAGAGUGAUGGAGAUGGCGUUGGAGCACCUCAACUGUGGACCAGGGCAGGAGGGUAUGCCGAUUCAUUUAAGCUUUGAUGUGGAUGCGUUAGAUCCGCAAGUUGCACCAAGUACAGGUACUCCUGUUCGUGGCGGUUUGACACUGAGGGAAGGAGAUUUCAUAUGCGAAUGCAUUCACGAAACCGGGUGCCUAGUAGCCAUGGACCUUGUCGAGGUCAACACCAUAGUGGAGGGAGUGGAGCACGACAGUUUUGGAUCGAUGGAAACAGUCAGGGCGGGAUGCAGCCUGGUUCGGUGUGCGCUCGGUGAGAGUUUGCUGUAG